AAGCCAUGGACCAUGCUCCCUCCGGUGGGUCGCACGCUCGACCGCGUCCUCCGCGGCUGCCAGGGUUUUCCAAUUAAACGCGGCGAGCUCCAGCCAUAAUAAUCCAAGCAGCCAUCGCCCGAUCGAUCGCCACUCGCUUUCCUCGGCGCUCCUUCUUUCGCUCCUCCCUCCUCGACACUCGAGCUCUUCGUCGGAUCUAUCUCAGAUGAGGGAAACCAUGGAGCAAGGUGCUGGAUUUCUCAAGGUGAUCAUUGUUGAAGGAAAUGAUCUGGCGAUCAGGGAUUUCAAAAGCAGCGAUCCUUAUGUCGUGGCGAAGUUAGGGAAACAGACUGCAAAGACAAAGGUUAUUAAAUGCUGCCUUAAUCCUGUUUGGAAUGAAGAGUUGACAUUCCGUGUAAAAGAGCCAGUUGAUGUUUUAAGAUUGGAAGUUUUCGAUUGGGACAGAUUUAAGUUCGAUGACAAGAUGGGUCAUACCUUCCUUGAUCUUCGGCCGCUGGCCUCUUCUUCAAAGCUGAAACGAGCACUGAAGCUCACCACAGGAGAGACCAAGCUAAGAAAAGUGACACCUGAUUCCGAUAACUGCCUCUUGUCGGACAGCUUUAUCAAAUGUGUAAAUGGAGAGAUCGUACUGGACGCACGGUUGAGGCUUCGCGAUGUUGAAUCUGGCGAGUUGUCCGUGUUGGUUAAGUGGAUUGAUAGUCCAACUACUGCAGUUUCUGCUAAAAUAUGUUAAAUUAUGGUAUCUAAUCUUCUGAGACAGAAGUAACACCAUGUGAGUGCUGAAGACAUUGUUUGUUAAUCAGGGUUAUUGAAAUGACGCCUUUAACUA